AUGGAAUCCACUGUCAUCAGCAACAGUGUUGUAAAUUACUUACAUCCCUGCUAUGACUUAGACAAUGGAACUUAUACAUUUUCAAGUAAUCCUAGUUUUACCUGUGUGUUUUUGUAUAUUUUUCUUGGCUCAUUGUCUGCUCUCACCGUGAGCGGAAACCUGCUUGUGAUAAUCUCCAUAAGUUUUUUCAAACAGCUCCAAACUCCCACAAAUUACCUCAACCUGUCGUUAUCUGUUACUGACCUUCUUGUUGGAGUUUUAGUAUUUCCUUUCAGUAUGGCAUUUGCUGUGAGCUCAUGUCUGCAUCAUGAGAAUUUAUUUUACAGAUAUUAUGUGGUGUGUGAGCCUCUGACCUACAGGACAAAAAUAAACACUCAGGUAACUUUGGUUAUGAUUGUUGUGAGCUGGGUAGUCUCAGCUCUAAUUGGACUUGGCAUCACAAUUGCCGGAUUCAGUCAAGGUGUAUGUAAAGAAACAUGUUCAGCUGAUGUUAUAGUGGCCAACACAAUGGGACCUGUUUUCUCUUUUUAUUUCCCUGCAGUCAUAAUGCUUUGUAUUUACUUGAAGAUUUUCCUUGUUGCACAGAAACAAGUGCACAGCCUUCAGAACACAAACAAUAUCAGUACAACGUCUGGAGCAGCUGUUAGCAGGAUGGAGAGAAAAGCCACCAAAACCCUUGCUGUUGUUAUGGGAGUUUUUCUUUUGUGUCUCACGCCAUACUUUUUUUGUGUUGUCUUCCAGCCUUUAUUUUAUAGUCCACCACCAGCUCCUGUGAUUGAAACACUUAACUGGCUCGCUCUGUCUAAUUCAAUGCUGAAUCCUUUAAUUUAUGCUUUCUUUUAUAGCUGGUUUCGAUCAGCUUUCAGGAUGGUAAUUUCUGGAAAAAUUUUCCACUGUGAUUUAGCCAACUCCAAGCUGUUUUGA